GUAUGCAAACCACACCAAGCCCUCUUCCAAAAGAAAAUGUGGUUGUCUCAUCUUCAUUUCUUUUUGUGCUGUAGUGAGCCUCUAUCCACAACAAAACACAAAGCUUCUUUUAUUUUGAUUAUUUGUACACAGCACCAGAUGAGAUUCAAGAAAAAGUGGGUUGUACGUGGCCUCUCCUCCAAAUUUUUUUCUGUUUGUGGACUUCCCAUUUCCAAAUGGGUCUGUUGCUAAUGAGUCUAUUUAACUUGGGAUUCCAUGGCUGUCCUCCCUCCUUUGUUUUGACAGUUUUACACAAACACCAAACUAGGAAGAGUUGGCUAUGCAACGAGACCAGCUCCUUCAAACCUUUUUUUCUUUUUCUUUUUUCUUUUUUGGUUCUAUAUGUAUGCAAGAAGCUGAUUUAUUUUUCCGGAGAAGGACGUACACAGAAAAGAUUAAUUUUUCUAACAGAGAGGGAGAAAGUUGAUCAGAUUCUCCAAAAGCAUAGUUAUUAUUCUUAGCACGGCAGAACACAACAAUACCAAACUGUCUCUCAAAAGGACCCUAUGUAGCUUUGGCUCUUGGGUAUUCGACCGGCGCUGAGUGUUAGCUAGAGAGAGAGGCAAGCCCAAACCAAAGAUGCUGAAAAGCAAAAUCCAAAGCCUGGAAAGGAUUUCAUCGUCGUCGUCAGUUGUCUUCAAGAUUUUGAAGAGUCGUAAUAUUGCUACUACUACUGGUAGUAGCAGCAGCAAUGGAGUUCCAAAAGAGAAGGUAGAUUGCGUGGUGAUAGGGGCAGGUGUGGUGGGAUUAGCAGUAGCGAGAGAGCUUACUUUAAAGGGCAGAGAGGUGUUGGUGUUAGAAUCAGCUUCCACCUUCGGCACUGGCAUCAGUUCCCGCAACAGCGAGGUCAUCCAUGCCGGCAUCUACUAUCCUCCCAAUUCUCUCAAGGCAAUCUUAUGUGUAAGAGGAAGAGAAUUGCUUUACAAAUAUUGCUCUGAACACAAUAUCCCUCAUAACCAAAUUGGUAAACUUAUAGUAGCAACAGGAUCUUCAGAGAUUCCACAGUUGCAUAAUCUAAUGAAUAACGGGAUAAAAAAUGGGGUUGGUGGUUUGGUUAUGAUGGAAGGUUCAGAAGCUACGAGGAUGGAACCCGAAUUGCGAUGCUUGAAAGCCUUACUAUCACCAGUUUCUGGGAUUGUUGAUACACAUUCCUUGAUGCUGUCUUUGGUGGGUGAAGCUGAAAAUCAUGGCGCAACCUUCUCCUAUAAUACUACAGUUAUUGGUGGCCAUAUUGAAGAAAAUCGCCUAAGCCUUCAUAUUUCUGAAACCAAACACCUUGAAAAUUGGAAUGGAAAAUUUCCAUUGCAACCAGAGAUGGUACUCAUUCCUAAGCUUGUAGUAAACUCUGCUGGCUUGAGUGCCCCUGUCCUUGCAAAGCGAUUUGAUGGCCUCCGUAGUGCAGUUAUUCCUCCUACCUAUUAUGCUCGCGGGUGCUACUUCACGCUAUCAAAUACUACAAUAUGUCCUUUCAAACAUUUGAUUUAUCCUAUACCAGAGGAUGGUGGCCUUGGUGUGCAUGUUACUCUGGAUUUGAAUGGUCAGGUCAAGUUUGGCCCCAAUGUAGAAUGGAUUGAUGGUAUUGAUGACGUUUCAAGCUUCCUAAACAAGUUUGACUAUUCUGUAUGUACGAAUCGUGCAAAGCUAUUUUACCCAGAGAUAAGGAAGUACUACCCAAAUCUAAAAGAUGGGUCUCUCGAGCCAGGUUAUGCAGGGAUUCGACCAAAGGUUUCAGGUCCUCGACAGUCUCCAGUUGAUUUUGUGAUACAGGGCGAGGACAUUCAUGGGAUAACUGGCCUUGUUAACCUUUUUGGUAUUGAGUCACCUGGUUUAACUUCAAGCAUGGGAGUUGCAGAACACAUAGCAACCAGAUUCUUCAGAUGUUAAGGAACCCUCUUUGUGCUAUAUAUUAUGAUUUGAAAAUUGCUGAUGAAUGUUCCAGAAUGGGCUAAUCUGUUACAACUUGAUCCACUGUUAAGAAAGUUGAGAGAAUCUUCACCACCAUCAUACUGAGUUGUGGCUACUGAAAAGUUCAGGUGACCUUCCUCUACUGGCAGCGGCGGCUGCUUUAGUUCUUGGGUGUGAUUUUAGGGUUUGUGUCUUAAGGUUUUUUGUUGUAUUGAGCCUAAAUAAUCUGUUUUAUGGUUGGCCUUUUAUUUUGUUUGGUUGUGCUUUUAUUUUAUUGUUCUAUUUGUUGUAUUGGGCUUGUUUGCAACUUGGUAAGGUAAUGAAAUCUUCAUUCCUUCAACCAAAAAAAAAAAAAAAAGGAGUUGAUUUCGGAAGCCCAAGAACUUAAAUGGAAGUACUAGAACUAUAGGAGCUUGGGCACCAUAUACAAAUUACAACACCUUUGCAAAUACUAGAACAGUUUUGGAUUUAAGAACUUUACAUGCAUGGAAUGACGGGAAUCAGGAAUACUGAAGAGAAUGAAUUAACAGGUUUUGGGGUGAGCAAUCCCUCCUUAUCA